AUGGGUGGUGCUGACUCUAAAAGAAAGAUUUUGGAGCAGAGGUUCCCGUUUUCAACUUGCAACAAUCCACACCUCUUCGAGACUAGAGCUUUAAUUCAACACGGAAUUAAUCUUACAAUUCAAUUUGGCCUUAUAGACUUUCACAACUUUAAAGAAACCACUUGCGAAGAAGGGAUAGACAUACAUUCUACAAAAAAACAUUGUAGUGACCAACCUCGCAUAAUUGACGACGACGACAACAACAACAACAACAAUAAUAAUAAUAAUAAUAAUAAUAAUAAUAAUAAUAGCGAUGAAGAAGAUGAAGAUAGUUUGAUGGAGUUUGAGCACGUGCCUCCUAGUCCUAUACUUGUUCCCUUGGAUACGCCAAAGUCCUCGUUCAAAAGAGGAAGCUUUUCUCGACGAGGGUCGUACGAAGCAGACUUUAGAGAUAUUUCAAUGGUGAUGUGCUACCAAAAAAUUGACGGUUGGAUCAAAGAGUUUUUCCCACCGGAUUCUGUAGGCAAUCAACUGCUUUAUGCAAAUAUAAAAAAUUAUAUCAUUAACAGUAUUAUUCAAAAAGAGGAUAAUAUAGACAUUUUUCUCGGUCGAAUAGUAAAUCAUAGAUACAAAAACGAGCUAUCAGACAUUAUAAAAGCAAUCUUCAUUGAAAAGUACGAGGAAAUAAAAUUGGAAAACCUAAUCGACCAUUUCCAUUUGUUUUUAAACCAUCGACUCGCUGGUUGCAGCUACCAAAAACUAGAAAACCCAAAAUUUUACGACAAGUACUAUACAAUCUGGAAGCUAGACUCUAGAGACUAUAAACACUAUGAUGAGGAGUAUUUCUUUGACUAUUUCAAUAACGGCGGCAAAUCGGCCACAACCAUGGAGCAUAUAAUUCUUCAAAAUGGAUUUUUGGCAAACUACAGACGAUUUGUAGCGAGCUUUGCCAGCGACGCAAAAAACUACAAUAAUGACACAGAUGUGGAGGACGAAGAUUUACAAGAUAGAGAAGACAAUAGCAAUAAUGCUAUUGACUUUAAUGUUAGUGAGGGUAAUGUUUCAACAAAUGGUCUGUAUGCCACUGUUGCUAUUGCAAACGAUCCUAUACAUCUAGCAAAUAAUGAUGCUCAAAGUAUCGCAAAUUCGUUCCUGCUAGUAGAUGCAUCAAUGCACCAGCCCAAGAAAUUGAGAUUCAGUGAUGAUGACAAUGUUAUAAACAUCAAUCGCUAUCUUCCAGUUGAUCAUGUCUUGUAUAAGCAAAUGAAUGAAAAAUUGCUCUGA